AUGGAAGGCUUUGUCCUUAUUUCAGUUCUUGAAAGGAUUAUGUUUCAAGGUCAAUGCGGUUCGUGUUGGGCAUUCGCGACGGUUGCCUCUAUAGAAGCCGCAAAUGCAAUAAAAACCGGCCAGUUGACAAGGCUCAGCGAACAGGAGAUGGUCGACUGCGACACGCAGAACAAUGGUUGUCACGGUGGAUAUCGGCCACAUGCCAUGAGCUUCGUCCAGCAGAAUGGCUUGAUGAAGGAGGAGCAAUACCCUUACGUUGGAACUGAUCAUAACACCUGCCUUCUUAAGCGGGAUAAGAUGUUGAGAAGGAAACUUCAGGAGCGAGUUUUCAUCCAAAGCUAUCGUAUGCUCUCAACCAAUGAAGAAGUGAUUGCUGAUUGGAUUGCAGCCAACGGUCCCGUCACCUUCGGUCUGUUCCUUGUCAAAUUCAAUAUUGACUUUGAGCGCAAAUGGUUGCAUCCGCACUAG